CCACAUACCUCGUAUAUAUGUAUAUAUAUGCUCCCAAUUCAAUCCCUUUUCUCAAAAAUUUCCCCCAAAAUUUCACAGCCCACCUCUUCUUUCUCUCUCUAAAACAUUCUCUCAUGGCUUUGACCCGGGAGCAGUACUUGUACAUGGCCAAGCUGGCGGAGCAGGCCGAGCGCUACGAGGAGAUGGUCCAGUUCAUGGACACCCUCGUCGUUGGCGCGGCCGGCACCGAGCUAUCCGUUGAAGAGCGCAACCUCCUGUCCGUGGCUUACAAGAACGUCAUCGGCUCGCUCAGAGCCGCGUGGCGCAUCGUCUCCUCCAUCGAGCAGAAGGAGGAGGGCCGCAAGAACGACGACCACGUGGCUCUCGUCAAGGACUACAGAUCUAAGGUGGAGACCGAGCUCUCGCAGGUCUGCGCCGGGAUUUUGAAGCUCCUCGCUGAUUAUUUGAUUCCAUCGGCUGCUUCGAGUGAGUCUAAGGUGUUUUACUUGAAGAUGAAGGGGGAUUAUCAUAGGUAUUUGGCGGAGUUUAAGGUUGGGAAUGAGCGCAAGGAGGCUGCUGAGGAUACUAUGCUCGCUUACAAAGCUGCUCAGGACAUUGCACUUGCUGAUCUUGCACCCACACAUCCUAUACGGUUGGGCUUAGCGCUGAACUUCUCAGUUUUUUACUAUGAAAUUCUGAAUGCAUCAGAGAAAGCUUGCAAUAUGGCCAAACAGGCUUUUGAAGAAGCUAUUGCCGAGUUGGACACUUUGGGUGAAGAGUCAUACAAGGAUAGCACUCUGAUCAUGCAGCUUCUGAGGGACAAUCUCACUCUUUGGACCUCAGAUAUGCAGGACCAAACAGACGAGGCUUGACGAGCCGGCCGAUGGCGCCUUUAUCCGAUCCUCAAGGAGGUGGGCUUGAAUGUCAUAAUCUAUCUGUAAUUUGCAUAUACACAACUGGUGGAUGUCUUUGUAUCUUUGUUUUGUGUUGUUACAAUACUCUUACCUUUCGACUUUUGGAAGCUCAUUCGUCAUUUAAAUGCCCCUUUUUUUGCUGCUCCUUAGAGUGUAGGAAAGAAGAAAAUAUGGUUUAAGUGUUAUCGAGUGCAGGAAACCACCUCUUAGACGGUCGCAAUGAUGACUACUUUCUCUUAUUUUUGCUUGAGCUGUAUGAGACGAAAGUCUCAUCUACAGUUUAGAGACCGGAUGUUCGCCAAUCUGAAUAUAGUAUAUGAUUGGUUUGAAGAACGUAUUUGGGCGACUGCAGAUGGUAUAACUAGUAAAUAUGUUCAUUUCCGGCAUUAUUCCCGACUUUUGGUGUGUUGAGAAACGUUGGUUCCUGGAGUAAUAUGUUGUCUUGCUGUGGGGGGAUAAGCUGCUAUUUGUUGUUCGACUUAA